CAAGCAUUUAGGGGCGGAGGCUCCGGGUCCCCGCCCCUCCCGGCCCGCCCCUAGGCCCAGAAAGGAGGCGGGCCCCCGCAGACGCCGCGGCGGGCGAGAUGCUGCAACCGGUUGUACGGCUGGUGUGGCUGGGUCAGGUGCCCUACGCCGAGUUGCUGGCGUUGCAGCAGCGCUGGCUGCGGCGGCUGCAGGCCGAGCCAGGGCCGGAGGCGGGUGCGCUUCUGCUCUGCGAGCCCGCGGGGCCCGUGUAUACCACCGGGUUGCGCGGCGGCCUGACGUCCGAGGAGACGGCGCGACUGCGGGCCUUGGGUGCCGAGGUGCGCCCCCUUGGCCGGGGCGGCCUAGCCACCUUCCACGGCCCGGGCCAGCUACUGUGCCACCCGGUACUCGACUUACGACCCCUCGGCCUGCGCCUGCGCACCCACGUGGCGGCGCUGGAGGCGUGCGCCGUGCGCCUGUGCGAGCUCCAGGGCCUGCCGGGCGCCCGCGCGCGGCCCCCACCCUACACCGGCGUUUGGCUGGGCGAGCGCAAGAUCUGCGCGAUCGGUGUCCGCUGUGGAAGGCACGUUACGUCCCACGGCCUGGCGCUGAACUGUUCUACGGACCUCACGUGGUUUGAGCACAUUGUGCCCUGUGGGCUGGUUGGGACAGGCGUCACUUCCCUGAGUGAGGAGCUCCAGAGGCAUGUCACUGUGGAUGAAGUAAUACCACGUUUCCUUGAGGCCUUUAAAGAGACCUACAAGUGCAUGUUGACCUCAGAGGACAGCCCCAGCUGAAAGGCGUUUAUAUUAUCUCACCCUGGAGGUCUUGCCUUGGAAAGCACCGCACCAGACUUGGAGUCACUGGAACCCAGAUUCUAGAACUGGCCCUGUCAUUCACACAUCAUGAGACUGUGGGCAGAUCAUGAGCUCUGGGCCCUUGGUUCCAUAUGUAUAUGGUUUAUUUAUAUCUUCCCAACCUACCUAAGAUAUAGAUAUGAAAACAUUGUGAAAAGUAUAGUAUAUGAAUAUAAGGCAUUAGCACUACUGUCGACACCCAUUUCUCAGCUCAGAAAAACUCAGGUAUCAUAGGGUGUCAUUUCUCAAAUAUUUCCUCAAUACUGUAUUUAAUUGGGGAAGUCUGGGCUCCAGUUCCUUUGAUUUUUCUAAGAAUCAUUUUUCAGGAUCAUCCAGGUGAAGGUGAUGUAAUGUGGAUUUUUUUACAUUCUUAGGAGACCUGGGAGCUUUUUGCAUAACAGGGAAAGGGAAAGACUUCUUUAAAGAGUAAUAUGGGAUUCUGUCUUCCUGGGUUGGAUUCCUUAAGCCUGAUGGCUUUUUUAGUUAGGUACCCUGAGCUAGGCCAAAGGCUAGGGGAAAGAGAAUAAUAAUUUCUGACCGUGUACAAAUGCCAAAAAUAGAAGGUUUUUAAAAAAAUAUUAGAUCUCUAUAAAGGUUGUAUGUUAAUUAUCUAUAACAAGUCACCCCAAAGCUUAAUGACUUAAAAGAAUAAACAUUUAUUAUCUCAUAUACUGUGGUUUGGAAAUUUGGAAGAAGCUUAGCUGAGUGGUUCUGGGUCAAGGUCUCUUCUGAGAUGCAAUCAAGAUGUCAGCUGUAGGGGGGCUUCCCUGGUUCUUCAGUGGUUAAGACUCUGUGCUGCCAAUGCAGGGGCCACAGGUUCAACCCCUGGCUGGGGACCUAAGAUCCCACAUGCUGCAUGGCUCAGCCAAAAGAUUAAAAAAAAACAAACAGAAAGAUGUUAGGCGGGGCAGCUCUCAUCUGAACACUUGACUAAGGCUGUGGAAUCAGCUUCCAAGAUGACUGACUCACAUGCUUGGUUGGUACUGGUUAUUAACAGGAGGUCUUAAUUCCUCUUCACUCUAUGUUGUUGUUCAGUCACUCAGUAGUAUCUGACUCUUUGCGACCCCAUGGACUGCAGCACACCAGGCUUCCCUGUCCAUCACCAACUCCCAGAGCAUGCUCAAACUCAGGUCCAUUGAGUCGAUGAUGCCAUCCAACCAUCUUGUCUUCUAUUGUCCCCUUCUCCUGCCUUCAGUCUUUCCCAGCAUCAGGGUCUUUUCCAAGGAGUCAGAUCUUUGCAUCAGAUGGGCAAAGUAUUGGAGCUUUAGUUUCAGCAUCAGUCCUUCCAAUAAAUAUUUAGAAUUGAUUUUCUUUAGGAUUGAUUGGUUUCAUCUCUUUGCAAUCCAAGGGACUCUCAAGAUUCUCCCCCAAUACCACAGUUCAAAAGCAUCAAUUCUUUGGCACUCAACUUUCUUCAUGGUCCAGCUCUCACAUCCAUACAUGCUACUGGGAAAGCCAUAGCUUUGACCAGACAGACCUUUGCUGGCAAUGUCUCUGCUUUUUAAUAGGCUGUUGGUCAUAGCUUUUCUUCCAAGGAGCAAGUGUCUUUUAAUUUCAUGGCUGCCGUCACCAUCUGCAGUGAUUUUGGAGCCCCCCAAAAUAAAGUCUCUCCAUGUUUCCAUUGUUUCUCCAUCUAUUUGCCAUGAAGUGAUGGAACCAGAUGCCAUAAUCUUCAUUUUUUGAAUGUUGAGCUUUAA